ACGGAGACUACGGACCGGAAACAUUUGGCCUUCUUCCAACGAUCCCGUUGUCCUUAAAACGACGAUGCGAAUAGCCUUCAUUCAUCCAGACCUGGGAAUAGGUGGUGCUGAACGUCUGGUUGUCGAUGCAGCCCUAGGCCUGCAAAAUCUUGGACACACCGUUCACAUCUACACUUCUCAUCACGACCCAUCUCAUUGCUUCGAGGAGACCAGGGAUGGAACACUAACAGUCUACGCCAUCCAUCCACCUUUCCCUCGAUCCUUGAAAGGAAAAUUCCACAUUCUUUUCGCUCACCUUCGCCAGUUGCAUCUCAUAUCCCGGAUUCUAUCCCAAGAAUCCUUAUACGACGUAUAUUUCGUGGACCAGCUUUCGACAUGUAUACCCUUUCUUCGCUCUGUCGGACGAACACGCGUCGUAUUCUACUGCCAUUUCCCCGACAAACUCCUCGCAAAUGGGGAGUUGAUUGAGGAGAAAUCAGAUGGGGAGGACGUCAGAUUCACAAUGAAGAAGAAGGGAAGUUUGUUAAAGAAGGCAUACCGAUUUCCCAUGGAUUGGUUGGAAGAAAUAACAACACGACAAGCGGAUUGUAUACUCGCCAACUCAAAGUUCACAUCCCGCGUUUUCAAGUCGUACUUUCCCUCUAUACCGCAACAGCCGACAGUGGUUUAUCCAGGGAUAAACAUCAAAGCUUACGAAGCCGGCAUUUCUGACGUAGACCUCAAUGAUCCUGAAGUGAUUGCCAUCAGCUCAAAUCGACCAACACUGGUAUCAUUAAACCGAUUCGAGAAGAAGAAAAACGCCGCCCUCGCCGUCGACGCUUUCGCCCUCAUACGUUCCCGAAACCAGAACAACCUACAGAACAUGCGACUAGUCCUAGCAGGUGGCUACGAUCCACGACUCCAAGACAACGACAGCACCCUCAGAUCCCUCAUAACCCUCGUCACCACCACCCACAAGCUAUCAUUCUCUCUGCUCGGAAACAAAGCACCUCCUUCCCUCGUUUCACACGCUUCCCCUCCGGAAUCCUCAGACGUGAUCUUCCUCCUCGACUUUUCUACAUCCCAACGAACGGCGUUGUUACGUGCUUCGUCGACGUUAUGUCUCUUAUACACACCUGCCAACGAACAUUUCGGGAUUGGACCUGUUGAAGGGCUUAUCUGCGGAUUACCUGUUUUAUCUUCCGAUACCGGUGGACCUGUUGAAACUCUUGCAGAUGGGGUUGGGUGGUUGAGACCCCCGGAUGCGACCGUGUGGGCGGAUGCGUUGGAGGAGAUCGUCCUUCUUCCAAAGGGGAAACGGAAGGAAGCGGGGGAAAGAGGGAAGAGGAAGGCUAAGGAGAUGUUUGGGAUGGAUGUUAUGGCUAGGGGUAUUGAGAGAGAACUGAUCCGAGCUGUUGAGAUGGGCAAGGUUCCGAGUUGGAAAGGUUGGGAGUUCUUGAGAGUCAGUGUAGGUAUUUUGUUUGGGGUGGUGAUUGCGUGGAUUCUGGAGUCGUGGCUGUUUUGAUUUGAAGAUUAGCGUUGUCCAACUUAGCCAUCAAUCGGAGUCAUACUGUAAGGCGGGUUAUGAAGAGAGCGGGGGUAUAGCUCAGCUGGGAGAGCAGCAGACUGAAGUUUCCUUCCUCACAUUUCUUUCUGAAGGUCCCGCGUUCGAUCCGCGGUACCCCCACUAUUUGGAGCUCUAAUAUUAUUUUUUGGGAACUUGUCUUUAAAUAAUAUCCAUCUUCGUCAGUAGAUGGCUUUGCGGUGCUCACUACGGUUUCAAGCCCGACUCUGAACCUCUGGACCACAAAUCACCUAUUCCAUC